AUGCUUUUUAUUUUUUGUAUUAUUUUAAUUUAUUGUCAAUCGAUCGUAAAUGCCUAUACGCCCGUAAUUGUGCAUACAAACUAUGGUGAUGUAGAAGGUUAUGAAACGGAUUUAGCUCGUGUUUUUUAUGGCAUUCCUUAUGCUCAGCCACCUAUUGAUACACUGAGAUGGAAACGCCCGGUGCCCAUUCCUAAGUGGGCACCUCGACUGAUUAAUGCUACACAACCAGCUCCUGCUUGUCCUCAACCUCCAUGUAGUUUACCAUCUAUAUUAUGUCCGAAAAUUAUGUCUGAAGAUUGUUUAUAUUUGAAUGUAUUCACACCCUUAUCAAAUGAUUCUUCUCUAUUACCCGUCAUGCUUUAUAUAGCGGGUGGAAACUUUCAAUUUUUGGAUGCAUCAAUACCAGUCUAUGAACCUCAACAUUUUGUUAAUCAGACGAAUGUUAUAUGUGUGCUUAUUCAAUAUCGACUUGGUGUACUUGGUUUUUAUGCAACUGGACCUGGACCGAAUGAUAUAAAUGGCAACUAUGGUAUUCUCGAUCAACGCAUAGCAAUUGCAUGGGUCAAAGCCAACAUCAAAGCAUUCGGUGGAAAUCCAAAUCAGGUUUUAAAUUUAUUAACUUAUUUUCCGUGA